AAAAAAACAGAACAGCCAGAGCGAUUCCACAAAGAAAUAAGGAAAACUUUAAAAAAAAAUACAAAUCCACAUUAUAUCAAUUCAAAUACAGACAUGUAGCGAAUACAUUUUUAAGACAUUUUGUUUUGUGUACGUUUUAAUGAUUCUAAAUAGUUUUCCAAAUCAGAUUUUUAAAAAUAAGAAAAGGGCCUUUUUCUUCAUAGAUUUUGAUUUGUGCAUGAAAAAUGUUCCUAAUAAAAGAAAGAGAUUUAUGACAUACUCACGUCCAAUUGUGGAAUCAGUGUAGUAAAAUAAUAUGUCAAACUUAGAUAUUUCAAUGGUUGUAUGCAUUUUGUUGCCAAGAUAUAGUUUUACAUCAGUCCAGAACACUUCACUAUGUAAACAAUAACAGAAUAAGUGUUCAAUAGAUUCGGUUUCUAGUUCACAAAAACUGCAAUCACUGUUAACAUCAGGUAUAUAUUUAGAAAUCAAUAUUUUACACGGGUAGAAUCUAUGUAUAAUCUUUAAAGGAGACCUCGUUUACUUUAUUGGUCYCCAUAAAUMUGUGUGGCGUGAGUCAAGCACGGCGCCAGUUUACAUCAAACGAUGAAGCCCAACAAAAUAUCACAGAGGGAAUAGACAUCCUGUAGAAAAUAUCCCUUAAUAAACGAUUGUUACAUUUCUUAUCUAGUAAACCUAUGCCAUUCACGUGGAUAUCGCUUACAAAAGGAGUUAUUCCAAAAUAUGCAUUAUUCUGAAGUAAAGAUUUUAUCCCACUGGGUAUAGCUUUUAUAACCGUGUCAUAUUCCUUGCUUGAAACCUCAAAGUUGUAUCUAGGAAUAUGACAUUACCUACACGCGUGAUCUGGGAUUUCUAUUGGAGAAGCAGUUUCUGCCUAUCUUCAUACUGUAGUCCUACUGUAUUUGACUUUUGUGCCUGUUGUUCACAAGCGUAUCUGCCCUCUCGUUGGCUAGAAUGGUCCCAUCUGAUCUCGCCUCCUCCCACCUACCUUCCAUCUUUGAGGACAUGUAUGUCUAUUGUUAAAGCGGUCACUCGACUAUCUUAUCAAUAUAAUAGAACAUCUUUGCUGUGGCUCAGGUGCAAAGCCGCUAACGACACCGCGGCAGCUCCGUUAAAAGUACAGAAUGUGCCAGGAAAAAAGAACAAGCGCUGCUCUCUGAUUCUCUCCGAGGAGAGAGAGAGAUCAACCAUGGCCAGUUGUCGGAGAGAGAGCCCGCGGAGCCGGGCAGGACAGGGAGGUGGCAGUCUGAGAGCAGCGAGGAAGCCCCGGCAGAGAGAUCCAUCCAGCGAGUUAGGGGACGCGGGCGAAUCAAUGACAGAUCUACCACAAUGGUUGCGGCUUUAUUUCUAUGGGAUGCACGGUAUCACUUUGGAUAUCCUCCUGUCGUCGGUACAGGGGCUUUUGGCUGACAGCGACCCCAAACUGUUCGGUUUUUCCUCCCCGUACCUCUGCAUCAUGCACUCGGUGACCCAUUUCUUGCUGGAAAAAAUAUAUUCGCAAAAGAAGUGCUUUCAAGGACGCACAGUAGUUUUUCACCUUGUUUUCUAUCCCUCUGUGUACAUCGGGCUGCAGAUCCUGAUUGGGAAUAUAAACACGCUGACCGAGCACGUUAGAAUAGUCUCUGCCACUCAUCUCGUCGUUCARUACCUACUGUCCCUGUACUUCACCCAAGUAUUCCACAAGGGGCUUGCGCGGCUGCGCUACCACUGCCCCGGGAAACGGACCAUGUCUACCCCGGAAAAGCGCACCCUUGAGCCGCUUCCUAAUAACGGUCUGCCCGAUGUUGUGCGAUUCCUCUUCUUUGGAAUGCACGGCUUUCUGGACGAGAUCKUUUUUACCUCGAUWUUCAACCUUGUGGAGAAAURGGACCGGACCAUGAGRGGCCACACGUCKCUGUGGUCCUUCCUGAUGUACGGYAGCUGCAGCUUCGUGGUAGAGAAACUCUACCUGCAUUUGCACUUCAGACGGGGCUGGAGCACCUGGAGGCGGCUCCCCAUCUAUAUCUGCUUCAUCUACACCUGGGAGUUCUGUUGGGGGCUGGCGCUGCGGCAGUACGGCGCAUGCUCAUGGGACUAUUCCCACUAUCCAUUCAACUUCAUGGGCCUGAUCACGCUCCUCUACCUGCCCGGAUGGGUCUGCAUCAGUCUCUACCAGGAUAUUCUGUCCAGCGUUCUGCUGCGCGUGGUMGUGUGUGCCAAAGACGAGGAUUGAGGCCACUCAGGGCAGGGCGCUGGCAUCAACGUCUGCCAUGUGUCCAGGAAAAAACUGCAUUAUAGGCCUAGGUCACAUCUGAUUUAGGGACUAUUGAUACUAAUACAAAUAAAGAAGAGGACAUUUAAGACCAUCAUUUGGGUACCCGGACUUAAAUAAUGUGUAUUUCCCCUGUGGAAAUGUGGAAUUGAUGUGGCUGUUUAGACAGCAUCUUUUAUCAAUGAUUCUAACAAAUAGCCUAGCAAUUUGUGACAGGUAGCCUAAAAGCACAGACAUGCCUUGCCUGGCAUGUGAUUUAGUUUAGUUUACACAUAAAACUUAAAAGCCAUACAUGCACAUGAAUAAAAUCAUCGAGGAUAACACACAAUAAAGUCUGGGACUUAUUUCCAUUGUGGUCCUCUUGAGACAAGAUGGAUAUACUGUGUGAUGACACACAGACAUGCCUUCUGCUGUCAUGACAUCUGCCAUUUCUAACUUUGAUGUAGAUGAAACAAGAAUAUUUGACAUUUUACACUUCACUUGCUUGCUCAUGAUUUUAGAGCUGUGAAUUAUUUCCUAAACUAUAUUGACAAAGUCAGCCAUACGCAUGGUGGCACCAUUUGACUGGGUUGGUCUCUUCAAUCCCAGAGCAUGUUCUGAACUCAUUUCUGCAUGGCUGCAUUCAUGAUCACUUAAUUGCUUAAAUCUUAUUACCUUCAAAGAAUGCAUGACAUUUGGAAAUAAAAUAGGUUCUAAAAAGUUCAAAAUGUAUGUAGCAUGAGAUGUAAUCGAACAGAAUAGAACGGGUGGUGGACCGAAUUCAUUUCACUGUGAAUCUUUUUCUGAACCAAACCUUAACCUUACUGUGUUGGAGUGCCUUUCUGAGCAAACCUACAGACAGCUGGACUAAAGACAAACUGAACUACACUGUGGGCCAGUUUCCCCCUAGUCCUGGCUGAACUAAAAAAGAAGCUCAAUGGGGAAUUGAAAGAGCUUUUUAGUCUACAACUAUAGGCUUAAUCMGGGUCAUGUAAACAGGCAAUGUGUGCCAAUCAGACAGACCCUGAGGAUCAGCUUUAAUCUUCUCCCUUCUUUACAUAGGGACAUCCCAGCCCCAGGCUUGUUUACCUCACAUUUAUAAAGCAACAGAGCACCAGUCAGCUUUUUAUGGUUUACACUCUAUAGGUUGAUCUGGAGUGGGCAAUAUCAGCAGUCAGCAGACCUGGGUUCAAAUGCUACUUGAAAUCUUUCAGGCACUUUCACUGUUUGUUUUAACUUGCCUGGAGUGCGAGACGGGCGGGGUUUGAAUGUUUGCGGCUAUUCUAUUGGCUCCACGCCAGGAAAGCUCAAUCAAGCCUAGAUAAAGUAUUUGAAAUGAUUUCAAAAUAGUAUUUGAAUCCAGGUCUGGGAUCAACCUCCAGGUAUAGAGCCCUUUGCCCUUUGGCAUAGAUCUUUCUGCCUGUUUUAUUUCCUCGUUUGCCACUGUACCACACGGUAACGUCUCAUGUUCUCUCUGAGAGGCCAAACACAUACAGUAUGUGAGGAUACCUGGCACUGUGACUUCAUUAGCAACCUGUUCCAACAGUAUACUCUUUGGAAAGUUUUGAAACGUAUAGUUUUUGCUCUUGUACUGAUUUUAUGAUUCUCUAGCAUGUUUUUAAUGCAUUUUACUGCCUGCCUUCGUCAGUCCUGGGGAUUCRGUGAAACGAUGGUUGGAGGUAACUGAAAGCUGGUAAUAUUGAUGAGUAACACUAGUCCAGGGAAAAAGAUCGUAUAACAUAUGUUAUUAAAAUAUUACAACUUUUA